CAGUCGUAGGCCUAGGGUCGGGCCUGCAACAAGUUAUCAUCACAGACAUGGGCCAAGGAGCCAGAGGCCGUCCGGGGUCUGUGAGUUGAGCUUGAGGCUGCAGGAUGAGGGUCAUCAUGGGGCUAGCCAGCCUGGGGUCCCUCUGGGCAGUAUUCCUGCUUCCUCUUGUGUUUGGGGUCCCCACAGAGGAGCCUACCUUUGGGGGAUCUGUGGCUUCCCAUCUCCCCAAAGGCUGUCGACGAUGCUGUGACCCCAAGGACCUGAUGUCCUCUGAUGACACAGUCCAGGCCCCUGUUUCCCCUUAUGUCCUGCCUGAGGUCAGGCCAUACAUCAACAUUACCAUCCUAAAGGGUGACAAAGGGGACAGAGGUCCUUCAGGAACACCAGGGAAGCCAGGCAAGAAUGGUACCCGAGGGGAUCGUGGCUCUCAGGGUGUCAAAGGUGACAAGGGGCAGGCAGGUAGCCCUGGCAGCUCGUGCCAGACGCGUUAUUCGGCCUUCUCUGUGGGCCGCAAGACAGGCUUGCACAGCAGCGAGAACUUCCUCUCACUGCUGUUCGACAGGGUCUUCGUGAACACGGAUGGCCACUUCGACAUGGCCACCGGCCGCUUCGUGGCUCCCCUGCGCGGCCUCUACUUCUUCAGCCUCAACGUGCACAGCUGGAACUACAAGGAGACCUACGUGCACAUCGUCCACAACGAGGAGGCGGUGGUGAUCCUGUACGCGCAGCCCAGCGAGCGCAGCAUCAUGCAGAGCCAGAGUGUGAUGCUGCCGCUGGUGCCGGGUGACCGCGUGUGGGUGAGGCUCUUCAAGCGGGAGCGGGAGAACGGCAUCUACAGCGAUGACGUGGACACGUACAUCACCUUCAGCGGCCACCUGAUCAAGGCAGAGGACAACUGAGCUCCCCGGGCCACCUUCGCAGCUGGGCGGCUGGUGGCUAGGGCAGGUCCCGUAGGUCCCAGGGCUGGGUCUGCUGCUCUUCAUUCCUUGUCUCCACCGUUACCUGCAGUCUGUCUCUAUCCCUAUCCUCUUGGCUUCCUUUUCUGAUAAUUUGGGGCUUACGUAUUCCAGACUUUGCCAGCCUCUAGAGUGGCUCUCCUGACACUCCACCACUCUAUUUAUCCCCGGGGUCUUUAUUAUCUGGUAGAUUCUGGCUUCGCAUUUGGGGUAGACCCAGGAUUCUUCAUCUCUAGUGAUUUCCUCCGUGACAUUGAUACUACUGGUCUGUGGAUCACGCUUGAGGAAUUGUGCUCUCUAGAGUGUUCCCAGCAUUCUAGGGACUUCGAGAAUUGCUCCGGAAUUGCUCCCCCACCCCCAAACUCUAGGAUUCUUUCCAUAUCCUCUGGCUUUCUCCUCCUCCUGGGCUUCCCUCAUGUCUGACCUUUCCCCUCCUCCCCUUUUUCAGCCAUUGUCCAUUUGCGCAUGCGCAUUGAUCUAAUGCUGUCCGCUCACGUGGUCUCAGGUCUUAGGAAAGCCCGGAAGUGGGUACUAAGACUUGAGCGCAUACUGGGUGCUCCUCUAGACUGGGUCCGCGGGCACUGUGGUUCCUUCUCCACUGCUCCCAUGGUGCCACAGGUCCUGGAGAUGGGAUGGUACCCUUUCCCAUGCUCCAUGUUCUUGCCCUGUGCCCAGCAUUAAAGCAAAUAUAGAUAUAGUCUUGGCUGGGAGGAGACCCAGGAGUUUAGACGUAUCUGGGAUGAAGGGACGUCUGGGAACUGGAGCCCGUUCUCUUCCCUGACUUUUGAAGACUCCUUCAGCCCUCCUCCUUUCCCCCAGACAUUAGCCAUGCACUAGUGCUCUCUGGCCCUCCUGGCUCCUCCAAGGCCCAGGCUCACCCUGGAUUUAUGAAGGUGCUUAAGCCCCUGUCCCCCUGGAGGUGGCUCCCAUUUCAGAGCUUCUCCUGCCUGUAUCGCCCUUGCAGACAUCGUGGGCAAGUCAGGCAGGACGGAGGUGGCAGGUUUCAGCCCAAAGCAGGUCUAGGGACUGAAGCCAGUGACAUUCAGGUUACCUGGGGGCCUUCUCUGAGCCAUGCUGCCAAGACAGGCCCUGGGGGAGGUUGUGAAAAAGCAAGACCUCUACGCCUUUCUCAGGGUGUGUAGCCUGGUGGCUCUCCAACCUUCUCCUCUCCCACUGUAGCCUGCCCAAGCUUCUCAGGGGAAGGUGGCCUCCGUCCAUUGGUGCUUCUGCAGAUCCAGGGCAGGGUUGGCCCUGGGAGGGCAUCUCUGGUGCUUACAGCCAAGGGAGCCAUGGGAGGGUGACAGAAGCAAGGCCCGCCAUGUGCUGUGAGGGCUGGUUCUACAAAACCACCCUCAGCCCAACUGUCCUUGCCUGCUUGGCCAGUGUGAAUAAA